UGGGGGGGCUUUGGAUGUCACGCUUGCCUGUCUUAAAAACUUGAGAGUCCUGCUUUUUGUAGCCUACCUCAGGUUGCGUACGUCUGCUCAUUCAAUAGCGCAUUGAUAACAUAAGUAGAGAAAUAAGUAUUUUAAACAAGACUUCUCUCCAGAGUAAUAUACAUUUCACCCAAUUUUUAUUGGCUAGUUCAAUGAUACUGUUUGAACGUUUAAAUUGACUGCGAUAAUUUAAAGAAAUUUUCACUGGACAUCGGGUUCAAGAAAACUUUCCGUUGCCUGAGGGGCAAUGCUGUGCAGUAAAGAUUUAAGCAAUAGACCGUCUCUAGGACCUUGAGGCGUUUUUAUUGUUCUUCCUGUUAUGUAAUGAAAACUCACACGUGAUUUACAUGAACGGAUGCAGUACGAAUGUGUACCCAGAAAAUCAGGAAACCUGACAAAAAAACGUGUAAUUAAAAUAACAAAUCGAUCUUCCCUUCCACAAUUCUCAAAUAACGUUAUGAUGCAAAUUUAAAAGUGAAAUUUUUACAUGGAAUAAAUUUCAACAUUAAUACAGCUAUGGAAAGUGGAUCCUCACGAAAGGCUUCAGAUCAAAGGAUUGUACUGCUGGGAAAAGCAGGAGCUGGAAAGAACAGAGUAGCCAGGUUCAUCCUGGGAGACACAACGCUGAAUGAAGAGAGUGAAGAGUGUCUUUUACAUGAAGGUGAACAUGCAGGAAGGAGGAUCUGCAUCGUGAAUACACCAGGAUGGGACAGAGUUUCUAUAGAGUGCACUACAGAGAAAAUUAAAAAAGAAAUCGUCCGAAGUGUGACACUUUGUCCUCCAGGUCCCCAUGCUCUGGUUCUGGUGUUGCCCAUAAACGCUGAUGAUGAACUAUCUGUAAAUGAACUUAAAUCAGCAAGUCGACACAUGGAGCUGCUCUCUAACAGGGUCUGGAAUCACACUGUGGUGCUUUUCCUGUGUGAAGGAGAUGUGGAGGAAUCCACAAUCAAAGAACACAUUCAUAAAGCAGAAAAACUCCUGGAAAAGUGCAGAGGCAGACACUGUGUUAUGCGUCUGAGUGACUCUGAAACCCAGGUCCAUGGACUGCUUGAAGUGAUAGACAGCAUGGUGGAAGAAAGUCUGGAUGAUUUAUUUCUGCCACAGGUUUACUAUGAAGUGAUGCAGAGCAAAAUAAAGGAGCUGGAAAAACAGCAUGAGAACAAAAUAGAAACGCUAAAACAAUUAUAUCAGAACAGACUUAGUAUGUAUAGAAAUCAGACUGAGGAAGAACCUUUGCUUAAGCGGAGACGUGGCAGUAUCGACGGAACUCGUCCAUCUUUCACUGAAGAUGAAAAGCAGGAGGUGGAUAUUGGUACCGUCAGGAAGAAGUAUCAGGAUGAGCUUCUGGCACUUGCAAAAUAUUACUUCAAACCUGUAGGUCUGCUAUUGUUUGCUAUGAUUUGUGCCCUUAUUGGAUCGGUGGUUGGAUCGAAGUAUGGAGUGGUGGGCUCUGGAUCCGGGAUCAUCAUUGGGAUCAUAGUAGCAAUUCCACUGGGUCUUUGCUUGAUUACAGCUGCAAGCCUCGCACGACAGAGUUCAUCUUUUGUGGAAGACAAAAAAACUGAACACACUAAUUAGACCACAAAACUGUGAGCUACACAAUAAAUGCAAAUAUUUAUACCACUGGCACAAAAUGGAGGAAAUAUACCACAAAAAACUAACAUCAGGGAUGCAUCGGUGUGAAGUGACCCAACAUUUUUAAUUAUUAUAGGAUGUCAUACUAUUUACCUACUUAUAGUUGAAUUUGACAUUUGAAUGAAACAGGAGAUUGUGGUCACAUGCAUAGAAAGCAACUAAUAUUUGCCAGAUAUUCCUACAGCUCAUUUAAUGUAGCUGUAAGUCUCCUGGCAACCUCUCUGAGAUGUAUUGUUCUUGCACUUCUCGUCCUUUCUUGUCCAAUUUAGAGGCAUGUUCUGUUCUCAGUAAUGUCACUUGUAGCUUAUGGUCUGUACAGUAUUAUUAGGGAACAUCUAAUGUUUUGGAAGAUCUUAUAAGAUCUCCUGCUGAGCGCUAUCUAAUCCAAGAAGAUGGCAGAAGGAAAAUCCUUCAGAAACAGCAUCUUUAAUGCGGUUCAUCAAAAUCACUUAACUGAUGACAGCUCUAAGAGAUUUACUUUUAAAAAUGAGUUGUACAUCACAAUAACCUUUAUCGUUUAUUUUAUUAUUAACUACUAUUAGAUUUCUAAAAUUAUUACAACUGUAAAUAAUCUUCAGCACUUUUUAAUAUAUGUUUAUAUGACACAAUGCUAUGUUUGUAUUUACAUUUUAUAUUAUUUUGCACAUUUUACUUUUCUGCUUCUUGGAAAACUGUAAUCUGCUGAAUGCUUUCCAUUUAUUUCAUUCAUUAACACAUCAGCUGCAUAAAGUGGAGGUCUUUUCAAGACUGGACUGUUGGUAAUGUUAAAAAAAUGUGCAAAAAAAGCAAAUAUCCUUUCUAUGGAAAUAAUGUUUAUCUAUUUUAGGUUUUAAUAUAAGGAGCAUUAUUUUAAAGCAGCUGUAGCUGAGCUAUCAAUUGUACUCAAGUCAGUGUUUUUUGAUGCAUCUGAUGCAAAUUUUUUAAUAAUAAAAUUAUCAUUACUA